AAAAAAGAGAGAGAGAGAAAAAGGACCGAGGGCUGCUUGUUUCCACCACAGGUCGGAAAUGGAAUUUCAACUGACUGCAUUGAUUAUCAGUUUACCCCUUUUUUCUAUUUUUUCAUACUGUUUUCUUUUUGUUCUUCUUUCUUCUUUUUCUAUACAAUGUCCCAAGUACAGAAAAAAAUCAAAUCGUUAUCUCCUUCUGUUUCUGCUUUUCAAUUCCUUGUUCAACCGCAAAAAACUAACACAGUCGAGUUGACCCGAUCGGCAACACCAGAUGACUAUUUCUCCUCUUCUUCUACUUCUACUAGUUCCUCAGAUGCUCAAGACGAACAGGAAGAUGAAAGUACUUUUAUCUAUAGACAAAAGCUCUAUGUAAUUACUCCAGAAACAAGACAAAAGCUAUUGGCCAUGGGUCAAUUACCACUAGAGUCUGAAUGGACUUUCUGGUAUGACAAAUUUGUGCCUAAUCUGUCAGCGACAGACUAUGAAGCGAAUUUGAAAAUUAUAGCGACCAUAUCAAGUGUGCAGAAAUUUUGGAGUAUCUAUAACAAUAUUGAUGGACCCGAAAGACUUGGAUUCAGGAGCAACUAUCAUUUUAUGAAAAAAGGUAUUAAGCCAAUAUGGGAGGAUCCACAUAAUGAAUAUGGCGGUUCAUACCAUUUCAAAAUACCAAAACAAUACACAAAGACUACCUGGCGAGAUAUACUAGUACUGCUUAUAGGUGGGCAAUUAGAGGAUUCGAUAAAGAACACUAUUUAUGGCGUAUCUAUAUCUUCUCGUCAGCAUGUGGAUAAUUAUCAAAUUUGGACUGCACAGAAUAAUACAACAUUGAGUGACGAAGUUGUUAAAUCAGCAUUGAAUGAGCUAUUACAACCCACUGAAAUUCAGUCUAUAUAUUUCAAGAUACACAAGACACAUGCUGACUUUAGACCAAGUACACCUACUUUUUCAAAGACUCUCAAGUAAAUUGAGAGCAUAUAUAUAUUUUUUUGAAUAAAUUGCAAUGAGACACCAAUUUACAGACCGGAAAAGCACCUUAUUCGUCUUUCAUCCCUAUAAACCUGUUUAACAAAAAAGUUGUAAUUUUACCCUAAAAAUACUCUUGUGAUUAGACUGAGUACUGGAUUUACAAAAAAAAAAAAAAAAAAAA